AUGGACAAGCAGCAGGACAACGGCGAAUCCGAAGCUGGGCAGGCCUGCCUCGGCGAAAAAGCCGGCACUGACAGUGCGUCGGUUGGCGGAGGGGACGUCGUAGAUUCCAGAAGCCAUCCGCCAGGCGAGACUGGACCAGCAGCUGAUGCCUCGUCUGCACCCCCUUCGGUCGCAGACGCGAACAGCAGCAUUGCUGCCGCUGGGCUUGGAAAUUGGAAGUCUAUAAAACAGGCAGGUACAGACAGCUACAUGGCAGAUGAUUUCGAAAAGGCCAUUGUUUUGUAUAGUGCAGCCAUCAAAGCGUUGGAGGACGAAGUUGGCGACGAGCCCGAGGCACCCGAUGAUAGGAAACAGCUGUCAAUCCUCUACACCAACUGCGCCAUGGCGAGACUGCAGAUCGUGAAACGAGAACGGAAAGCUGGAACGCCAGGGCAAGAGAAGGCGGAUGUUAUACGAAAGUUGGGCAUGCGCGCAAAUGUGGAGGCUUCCAAUGCUGUUGAGCUCGAUGAUAGCAACGCGAAAGCGUGGUUGCGGAAGGGGCAAGCCCUUAUGGUCAUGACUUCGUUGCAACAGCGAUCCAAGCAGGCGAUGAUGGCACUAGAGCGCGCCAGGGACUCUCCGAACUUGCCGAAGUCAAUGAAACCCGAAGUUGCACAGUGUCUGAAAAUGGCAACACAAGCUUUCAACGACCAGACCGACAUGCCAGCAGGUUGUCCUCAGAUGUGA